AUGGAAUCGGAGAAAAUACUCAACCCAAGGCUUCUCUCGAUUAAUAGCACCACCGGCCGCAAAGGGAUGCCCGUUGAGUUGCCGCAGAAACCGCCGCCGCCGCCGUCGAUACUGGAGCGGUUCAAGGCUUUGAUUAAUCAGCGUGAAGAUGAGUUCAGUGGCGAGGAGGUUCCACCUCCGAGCAUGGAAGAAAUUGUUCAGCUUUACGAGGUCGUUUUAGGCGAGCUUACUUUCAAUUCCAAGCCUAUCAUCACUGAUCUCACUAUCAUCGCCGGUGAACAGCGGGAACAUGGACAAGGAAUCGCCAAUUCUAUCUGUACCCGAAUCCUCGAGGCUCCAGUUGAGCAAAAGCUGCCUUCUCUAUAUCUUCUAGACAGCAUCGUCAAGAACAUUGGGCGGGAUUAUGUUCGUUAUUUCUCAUCUCGUUUACCUGAGGUCUUCUGUUUAGCAUACAGGCAAGCGCAUCCGAGUUUACAUCCUUCAAUGCGCCACCUGUUUGGGACUUGGUCGAGCGUUUUUCCACCACCUGUGUUACGCAAGAUUGAGAUGCAAUUGCAACUCUCGUCUGCAACAAACCACCAAUCUUCCGCGGGGGCUUCAGAGUCUGCUCAGCCUACAAGGGGCAUACAUGUUAAUCCAAAAUACCUUCGAAGGCUGGAGCCCUCAGCGGCGGAAAGUAAUUUGAGAGGAGUAAAUUCCAGUGCAAGAGUGUAUGGCCAAAAUUCACUCGGUGGAUACGAUGAUUUUGAAGAUCAGUUAGAGAGCCCAUCGUCCAUGGCUGGACCAAGGUCUAGUACAGCUGGAACUUUGGCCCUCUCAUCUACUGCAGUUGGAGCAGAAGGGUUUCCGAGGAGGUUUAGUGAUGAAGCUAAUCCUUCUAAUCAAGCCUAUAACUACGGAAUGGGUCGAGCUACUGGCAGAGAUGAUGAACACAUGGAAUGGCGAAGAAAGGACAACUUAGGGCAAAGAAAUGAUCAUGAAAGACCCAGGGCUUUGAUAGAUGCAUAUGGAGUUGACACCAGCAAACACGUAACCAUCAAUAACCCAAUUCGCGACAGGAAUGGCACCCACAGUAAAAUGAUUACACCAUGGCAGAACACUGAGGAAGAAGAGUUUGACUGGGAUGAUAUGAGCCCUACCCUAGAACGUAGCAGAGCGGGUGACUUUUUGCGAUCAUCUGUUCCACCAUUAGGAAGUGUAAGGCCAAGACCUAGACUAGGAAACACAAGUGAUUUUCAUUUAGAUUCUGACAUUAAGAAUGGUGCAAGUCAUCAGCUACGAGAAAAUUGGAAUUUGUCACAAAAUUUUCCCCUUUCAUCCAGCCGUGGUAGUACCAUAUCAGGAAAGGACCUGAAAGUGUUGGCUUCAUCUGUAGGACUAGUUUCAUCAAACAGUGAAUUUGGGGCUUCUCAGUUUGAUAGUUUUCAAGAUGGCAACUCUCGUUUUGGUCGGGGGCCUCCUAUGGUAUCAAGAAUUGGGUCUUCUGGUGCCGAUGCUCUUCCUGAUGGGACAUGGCCCCAUUUGAGUGCUAGAGGAUCCAACUCUCUCCCUGUACCUUCUGCUCACUUGCAUCAUUUGGCAAAUCCUGGUAACACGAUGUCAAAUCGCUUGCAUGGUAAGCCUUUGUACAGGCCCGAGAACCAGAGUCAUCUUAAUGAUAUGACUCAACAGAAUCACAUGCUAGGUAAUUAUUUGCCAUCUUCAUCUGCAAUGGAUCCAAGGGUAAUGCAAUCGCUGUUACCCCACGGUCAUGGGUACCCUCCACAGGGGUCAUCCGUGAGACCAGCUUUAUCAAUCCAUGGUGGGGUAGGCACGCAUCCUCUUUCUUCAGGGGUUUUAUCUCAAAUAGGAUCCAUCUCUCAAAAUCCUUCGUUGGCAGCCUCUAACCAACCACCGGGAGGCGCUUUUUCUGGUUUGAUUGGCUCUCUCAUGGCUCAAGGUUUGAUCUCGUUGAACAAUCAGCCUCCUGGUCAGGGACCAUUGGGGAUGGAGUUUGAUGCAGACAUGCUCAAGAUACGUAAUGAGUCUGCAAUCAGUGCUCUAUAUUGGGACCUCCCGAGGCAAUGCACAACAUGUGGUCUACGUUUCAAAUGCCAAGAGGAGCACAGUAAGCACAUGGAUUGGCAUGUUACCAAGAAUAGGAUGUCAAAGAACCAUAAGCAGAAACCUUCUCGGAAAUGGUUUGUAAGUGGUAGCAUGUGGCUUAGUGGCGCAGAGGCACUUGGAGCUGAAGCAGUACCAGGGUUCUUACCCGCAGAGCCAACAACGGAAAAGAAGGAUGACGAAGAGAUGGCGGUUCCUGCAGAUGAAGACCAAACUUCAUGCGCGUUAUGUGGUGAGCCGUUUGAAGACUUUUAUAGUGAUGAAACCGAGGAAUGGAUGUACAAAGGUGCCGUGUACAUGAAUGCUCCUGACGGAUCAGUAAUAGAUGUGGACAAGUCUCAGUUAGGUCCUAUCGUGCAUGCAAAGUGCAGGCCAGAGUCCAAUGGGGGUGAUAAUGAAGAAGGUAGUCAAAGAAAGAAGAUGAGGAGUUAG